UUUAUUUUGUUUUCUUUUAUCGAUCUUUUACUUCUAAUAUAUGAAAAAAUCAGCAGAGGUCUUGCCGUCCUUUGGAAAAAAGGAUUUCGUCGUAAGCUGUGUAAAACACGCGUUGCUUUCUUUAAAAUACAGACCAAAGAAACGUAAAUCUGCAUGCAUGUAAGUAAUCAAGAAGUUGUCCAUGACAAGUUAUUUGUUGGUUGCAUCUCUCGCUGCACAUUGACUCGCCUUUCUCCAACAGGAGAUUGCUGAUCCUGUCCUGUGAUCGACUCCUAUUUUUAGAGCUGUAGUAACGACGUUUCCUACCAUCCCGGCUGAAGAGCGCCGCUGUUUGCUACCGACCCCUCGUCCCGUCCUCUUAAACAUUUUUUGCCCACAACACAUCGGCGAUCUCGCUAAACACAGCCUCUUGCCAUGAAGCCUUCCACGUCCACCUCCGUCCUCCUCCUUUCCCUCGCCGUGGUGACGACAGCUGCUGCCGCCAUGGCCGGCGCCGUGACGGAGGGGGCCGCCACUUACCUCGUCUACGUCGACCCCCACCCCCCGGGCGUCGACUGCCAGGCCUACCAGCUCGGCAUCCUCGCCGCCGCCCUCGGCGGUGAGGAGAAGGCGAAGGCGGCGAUCGUGUACAACUACAAGAACGUCGUGAGCGGGUUCUCGGCGAGGUUAACGCCAUGGGAGCUGGAGGCGGUCAAGAAGCAACCUCAUGUAAACCGGGUGCUGCCGAGCGCGACGUUGGAGUUGAUGAGCAGCAAAUUCGACGGCGUCAGCUAAUUCUGCCAAUCUUUUCGCCAACCAUCAAAGAAGCACCCUUUUUUAAGUAUCGAUUUGAUCAGAUGCUGCACUCCAAUGUGCUAGUUUUACGUUCGUCCUUAAUCACAUCUGGGUGCGCGUAUCCUACGCACUGCCGGGCACUGAUCGAAACAAUUUGUUUUAUCGUUCUUGUAAUAUUGUUUAA